AUGGAUGUGAACCCACCUGAAGUCCAAAGACUGGUCAUCGAGCACAUUAUGAAGAGUGAUGGAGUUUCACCCUCUAGUGCUUCAUUCCAGCUAAGGGUAUUCUCAGGAAAAGUUCCUCGUCCUACUGGCGAAGUUGAUUACGACACUUGGCGAAACAGUGUGGAGUUAAUUCUUCAAGACCCUUCACUGUCUGACUUGCAUCGGUCUAGUAGGAUCUUAGACAGCCUACUGCCACCAGCAUCAGAAAUUGUCAAGCAGUUAGGUGCAAAAGCCUUACCUGUGGCUUACCUUGAAAUCUUGGACUCAGCUUUUGAUACCGUAGAGGACGGUGAUGACCUUUUUGCGAAGUUUCUGAAUACGCUGCAAAACACAGGUGAAAAGCCUUCCUUGUACUUGCAACGGUUGCACACUAACCUUCUCAAAGUGGUGAAAAGAGGCGGCAUUUCUGCAGAUGAGGCUGAACAACAACUUCUGAAACAAUUUUGUCGGAGUUGUUGGGACGACACAUUAAUUGCCAACCUUAAGCUUGAACAUAAAAGGAACCGACCACCCCCAUUCCCUGAGUUACUUUUGCAGUUGCGUAGUGAGGAGAACAAACACUCUGCGAAGGAAAGCCGCAUGAGACAGCACCUAGGCACACAGAGACAAAGAGCCAGUUCCCAUAUUGUCACUGCUAACCCUCUCGAUCUGAGUCGAAACGAAAUGUCAGAAGGGACUGAGGUCGUUGAAUUACGACAACAAGUUGCCAAGCUCCAGAGCCAGAUUGCUAAGCAAAAGAAUAAACAGACAGGACGAAGUGUGUCACCGUCAACCAAUGCUGUCCUCGAGCUCAAGCAACAAGUCACCGAGCUCCAGAGUCAAAUGUCAAAGCUCAGAGUCCAAAAGAGCCCAGAGCCAAAGGGCAGUUCAAGCAAAAUGAAGCAAACAAACAUACAAUUUUCCAGAGGGGACCCUCUUAAAGCUGACCACAAGCUUCAUCACAGGCCCAGGCCAGGCUAUUGUUUUCAAUGCGGUGAGGAUGGGCAUGUUGCUUCAAUUUGCGAAAACGAUCCAAACCCGUCCCUGGUGGCCGAUAAGAGGAAACAGUUGAAAGAGCGCCAAGCCUUGUGGGACAUUCAGCAUGGUCCAAGUGCCUCAGAAGCUUUAAAUGCCGGCCAGUCCUUGUAG